GAUUCUCAGCUCUCUAUAAAGGAGGUGAGGACCUGUUGCGCUCCAGUCGCCAGCUUCCAGUCCAGAAAGUGAUCUUAACGUCUUUUAACAAAGUCUGCUUUCAUUGCUGCGACGAUGGAUUUUAAAGAGUUUGGAGAUGAGUCCUCUGAGGGAGACACGGAGGAUCUGGACAGCGUGAAAGCACUGACAGAAAAGCUGAAGUUAGAGACACGCAGACCAUCCUAUCUGGAGUGGCAGGAGCGGUUGCAGAGUGGACCGUGGCAGGACAGAUAUCCAGCUGACAGUCCGGGAUCAGGAGGACAAGACGCCUCCAUGCCUGCAGUUUUGAGAAAUGAGAAUUCUGAGCUAGUGGUGCGAAACAUCUGUGGUUUUGACACCAUUGAUGAUGCUUUGGAGUUUCUGAGAAAAGAGCUGAGGGAGAUGCAGGUUCAGGACAACCGCCUAGCCCGUCAGCUGAUCCGUCUGCGUGUGGAGAUCCACCGGCUGAAAGUGGAGCAGGUGUGCGACCGCCAUAAGGCGAUGCUCGAUGAUGCAACAUACGAGCUGGAGGAAUGUGGCGAGGAGUCGGACCUUCUGUGUGACAUCCCCAUGAAGGCCGCCUUCGCCCUGUCCACCCCGCUGAAACACCUGGGCCUCACCAAGAUGAACAUCAACUCCAGACGUUUCUCACUGUGUUAAAACAUCAACCCUGAUUCUUUGUUACUGAGGAUGUUCCCAUGGCCUCUUCUCUGUCUGUGUAGGCAAAUGAGGAGGUGUUUUGUUGACAGACUGGCUGGCCAGCUACUGGUUCCAUGGGUGGAAAUGAAAAUGAUUCCCAUGGCGUGCAACACUUCUUGACAGGCAUGAGGAAGCCUCCGUGCACAGACCUGUAUGGGCACACACCCAAAAACACUGACGCACCUUUCUGCUGCAUGGAGCCUAAGCUGCUCUAACAAUGUGUGUUCUUUGCAUGGUGCAGGGUGAAUCAGAGUACAUAGAUGAAGAAUUAGAGCUAGACUGAAAUGUAAAGGUAGAUAUGAAGUGGGCGUUAUGUUCAGGAUCUUAUACUUUCAUUUUUAGUUCAUUUUGGUUCAUUUUGCCAAAGAAGUGCAAAACAGUUAGGGGGAGAGUAGUAAAUACUUGCUCAAAGAUUGUUAUAGAAAUAAGAAAAUGCUCACUUCAAGACAUAAAAUGUCAGGGGUCACAUUACUUUACAGGUAAAAAAGUUUUCCGCAUUUGACUGAAAUGAAAAUGUGUGAAGGCAGUGUGUCUAAUCCAGUCGAAAAGAAAAGUUCAGCAAAAUUUUAAAUCAAGCACGCCCUUUGAUAAAGUGACAUAUUAUGUAGGUAGAAGCCACCACCUCAAACAGCAUCCUCGCAGGAAGCGGGAAGUCACACUCCAGCAUUUUCACACUUCUUCUUCACAAACCAAAAAUAUCUCUAUGGCCUCACCGCUGCAGUGACACAACCCAGGGGGCUGUUCUUAAUGCAUUUUGUUUUCCAUUACAGUGUCCAGAUCCUGCUGAGCACCGACUCUAAGCUAUAUAUGGCUGGAAAGUGACCAAGUGUAUUCUGUUGCUCAGUAGGCAAUUCAGGGCGAAUUAAAUUGUUUAUUACGUAGCUGAUAAUUAUCAGCUUGUAAGUUUUUUGUUGAGUUAUAUUUUACUUUGGUUGUGUUAAAUGUAAAAAAAACACAUUUUUAUCAUUCUAUGCAGAUUUUUAAAUCAUGCUACUGUAAUAUGAAUAUAUCUUCUUAACAAAACUGUAAAAAGGUAUACAAGCAAAACGCCAUGAGAUGUAACUUGUCAUUGCACAAACAACUGAAUAUUAAA